AUGAGCUGCGGCACUAAGUCUUCGACUAGUACCACUAGAAUUAGCAGUGGAGGUGGUGGUGGUGGUGGAGCAUGUAGUGGUGGAGGUGGUGGAGGGGGCAGCAGCUGUGGAGUACGUAAGUCUGGUGGAUACUCCUCAGUGUCCUCUAGAAGAUACACCUCUUCUGGAGGAAGCGGAGGCUUUUCUGGGAGAAGCUUUGGUGGAGGAGUUUCCAGGAACAACUAUGGAGGGGGCUUUAGCAGUGGCAGUUGUGGAAGGAUUAGCCGCAGUAGCUAUGGUGGGAGAAUGAGUGGUGGUAGUUAUGGAGGAGGAAUGGUCUGUGGAAAUAUGGGAGGAGGAUUUGGAUCAGGUGGGGGUGGUUUUGGAGGAAUGGGAUGUGGUUAUGGAUCUGGCCUCGGUGGAGGUAGUUUUGGUGGUGGUGGCUAUAGUGGAGGUGGAUUUAGUGGCUUCGGGGGUAGUGGUGGCUUUGGUGGUGGCAGCUUUGGUGGUGGUGGCUAUAGUGGAGGUAGUUUUGGUGGAAUGGGGUUUGGUGAAGAUGCCGGCUUGCUCUCCACAAAUGAAAAGCUGACCAUGCAGAACCUUAACGAUCGCCUGGCUUCUUACUUGGAUAAAGUGCGACGCUUGGAGGACGAAAAUACUCAGCUUGAACAACUGAUCAGGGAGUGGUAUAAAAAUCAAGGUCCCACUUGUACCAGGGACUACAGCCAAUAUUACAGAACAAUUGAAGAACUGCAAAACCAGAUUGUUUGUGCAAAUGUGGACCUUAACAAGAUCCUUCUUGACAUUGACAACACCAGAAUGACUGUGGAUGACUUCAGACUGAAGUAUGAAACUGAAUAUACUCUCCACCAGAGUGUGGCAAGUGAUAUUAAUGGAUUACGUCCGCUUUUGGAUCAACUGACUCUAGCCAGAUCUGACUUGGAGACACAGUUUGAAUCCCUAAAAGAGGAACUGAUCUGUCUCAAGAAGAACCACGAAGAGGAAAUGAAAGGACUGCAAACACAGUCUGGUGGUGAUGUCAACGUGGAGGUCAAUGCUACUCCUGGCAUUAAUUUGAUGGAAAAAUUAAAUGAAAUGCGUUGUGAAUAUGAACGGCUUAUUGAGAACAACCGGAGAGAGGUGGAAAGCUGGUAUGAAACCAAGAUGGAGGAAGUUAAUCAACAAGUCCACUCAAGUGGCCAAGAGAUACAAUCAAGCAACCAACAGAUCUCUGAGCUGAGACGUGAAUAUCAAAGCCUGGAAAUUGAGCUGCAGUCACAAAUCAGCAUGGUAGACUCUUUGCAGUCCAGCUUGGAAGACACAGAACGUCGCUACAACAUGCAGCUGCAGCAGAUCCAGUGUAUGAUCGGCCCCUUGGAGGAGGAGCUGGCCAGCAUCCGCUGUGAGAUGGAGAGUCAGAAUGAAGAGUACAAGAUGCUCCUGGGCAUCAAGACCCGCCUGGAACAGGAGAUUGCUCAGUACCGGGCACUGCUUGAGGAAGGGCAGCAAGACCUUGUAAUCCCACCAGGAGGCAUGGGAGGAGGCGUGGGAGGUUGUAGAAUAGGAGGUGGUGGCUAUUCUUCUGGAGGAGGAAGAGGAGGAGGUGGUAGCAUGAGUGGUGGAUAUGGAGGUGGUGGCAUUUCCUCCGGCAGCGGAAUGGGAGGAGGAAUGGGAGGAGGAAGUGGAGGAAUAGGAGGGGGAAGUGGUGGUGGAUGCAGUAGUAUUGUUGGAGGAGGAGGAGGAAGGAUCUCAGGAGGUGUCAGCAGUUCCCACUCCUACUCUUCGUCUUCCCAGUCUCAGGCCUGCAGGAGUGGUGGUGAAAGCCAAGGGUAUGGAAGAAAAUCUUUUGACUAA